AUGGCUGCAAACGUUUCUACUGCAUAUCUAGAGAGUCUUCCGACAGUACCUGGCUGGCUAAACAAAGGCGACAACGCCUGGCAAUUGAUUGCAGCAACGCUUGUAGCUGUGCAGGGUAUGCCAGGGCUCGUAAUUCUUUAUGGAAGCAUCGUUAAAAAGAAAUGGGCUGUUAACUCAGCUUUCAUGGCUCUUUAUGCUUUUGCUGCUGUAUUACUUUUGUGGGUAUUGGUUUGUUACAAAAUGGCAUUUGUUCCUCUCUGGUUAAUCUUUUCUUAUACUGUUGGCGCAUUUAGUCUUUGGGGUGGCGGGUUUCUUUAUCACUGGGGCGUUAUCGAUUUCGCCGGUGGUUAUGUUAUUCAUCUAUCGUCAGGAGUUGCCGGAUUGACUGCAGCUUAUUGGGUGGGACCAAGGAUGCAGUGUGACAAAGAGAGAUUUCCUCCAAACAAUGUUGUGCUGGCCCUAGCUGGAGCUGGAUUGUUGUGGACGGGUUGGUCUGGCUUUAAUGGAGGAGCUCCUUAUGCUGCAAAUAUUGAUACUUCGAUCGCUGUUCUGAAUACAAAUAUUUGCGCUGCAACAAGUCUUCUUAUGUGGACUAGUCUAGAUGUGUUCUACUUCGGUAAACCAUCUGUAAUUGGAGCUAUUCAAGGAAUGAUUACAGGACUUGUUUGUAUUACUCCUGGAGCAGGGGUAGUGCAGGCGUGGGCUGCGAUAGUGAUGGGCAUACUUGCAGGCAGCAUACCUUGGUUUACCAUGAUGAUACUGCACAAGAAAUCUUCACUGCUACAAAAGGUGGAUGAUACACUGGGUGUGUUUCAUACCCAUGCAGUAGCAGGGAUAUUAGGUGGUACACUUACUGGUCUGUUAGCCGAACCACAUCUCUGUGAUAUGGUCCUACCAGUAAAAGGUUCAAGAGGUGUAGUUUAUGGUGGCACUGAUGAUGAACUUCUGAUGGGAGAUGAUGCAGCUCAUGGUGAAGAAGCUUAUGCUCUUUGGGGUGAUGGUGAAAGGUAUGAUGCAUCUAAACAUGCAGGUUAUUCACCUAAUUAUCAACAAACACCAACAAGAUCACUCAUUGGAGAAACUGGUCGUGGUGGUGCUGUUGGUGUUUAA